AUGGAGUGGAUUGUACCAAAACAAAUCAGAAGUUUAGCUUCCAACUCCAUUGUAUCUUGGGGACAUUCCUUUCUCUUCGAUAGUUUCUUUCCAAAACUAAAGAGAGGACAGGUCUCCAUUGAUAUUCUCGAUGUAAAUUAUACCUCCUACUGUACUGCCAAACCAAUGGUUUUUGGUGAUAAAGAUUCUCUUCAAAAAGCAUCAAUUAUCAUUACCGAUUUAUAUAAUUUCACAACCAAAGUUUUAUUUGCUGGUGAUAUAGGUUUCUCAGAAGCUUAUAUUUUAGGUUAUUUCAACGUAGAUGAUAUGAAAAAUCUUUUAGUUAGUAAAAAUGAAAUGGAUGGUCUGGAUAGUAAGUGGGCAUUUUUAAAACAUGGAGUAGAUCGUCUUUAUCAUAUAUACCAUAAUAACUCUGUGAGUGGAGCCAAGGAGAACAUUCGUGCUCACUAUGACCUCUCAAACGAUAUGUUCUCAUUGUUCCUCGAUCCAACUAUGAGUUAUUCAAGUGCCAUUUUCGCGGGUCCAGACGAAUCACUUGAAGAUGCACAGAUGAGAAAGAUCCGUAAACUCAUUGACAAAGCCAAUCUCUCUUCCAACCACCAUCUCCUCGAGAUUGGAUCGGGUUGGGGUGCUCUUGCAAUGGAGGCAGUACGUCGUACCGGUUGCCGUGUCACCACCGUAUCGCUCUCGAUUGAGCAAGUCAAUUUGGCACAGGAACGCAUCAGAGAAGCUGGACUACAAGAUCGUAUCGAUGUCCAGUUGAUUGACUAUCGCCAUAUCACAGACAAAUACGAUCGUAUCAUAUCUUGUGAAAUGAUUGAAGCAGUCGGUCACGAACAUUAUCCUGAAUUUUUCCAAGCAAUCGAAAGAUUAUUAAAACCAGAUGGAUUGUUUGUAAUUCAAUUUAUUUCAUUCAACGACCAAAGAUAUGAUACCUAUAGAAAAGGAUGUGAUUUCAUUCAGAAAUAUAUAUUCCCAGGUGGACUAUGUCCUUCGAUCACCUCGAUUGUCAAUGCGUCAACUUCACAUUCUAAUCUCAUGUUAGAACAUCUUGAAAAUUAUGGUCCACACUACGCGAUCACACUUAACCGCUGGAAACAAAACCUGCUAACCAACAGAUCCAAAGUAUUGGCACUGCCUUCAUUUGACGAACAAUUCAUUAGAAUGUUCAACUAUUAUUUCUGCUAUUGUGAAGCCGCUUUUGAAACUAGAACCAUCAAUCUUUUACAGAUGGUAUUCUCUAGAUCGUUAUCAUUACUCUAUAUAACAUUACCAUAG